AUGGCUCCCAAUAUGAACUGGCGAGCUGUGAUGGCUUCACUCUUAAUUCUCUCCCCUAUCCCAUCCAAUACUCUCCCUUGCGACAGUGAACCCAACCAGCAAACCGGCAUGCUCUAUGCUGGAGGUUGUCCUCUUCCUGGCGUAUGUACAUGGGGGAGCUGUACAAGCGUCACGAUCGGACUCGACCCUACACAAUGCGGGAAGCGUGGCAACUCAUGUAAAGCUGGGGAGCUUUGUGUUGCUGGCGGAUGCUAUCCUCUUGAUGGGUCAAAUAGCGACAGUUGCACUUCCUCAUCAGGCUCCAAUAGCUCUGGGCCAUGUGAGCCGGGUCAAUGGUGCGAUGAUGGGAAGUGUGCCCCAAUCCAAGUGACGGCAAACUCCCGUCGCUGUGGCAGUACCAACACGCAAUGCGGACCUGGUUCAUUAUGUGUCAAUGACCGAUGCCAAAGGUUGGCCAUUGGUUCAGACCCCAGUUCCUGCGGUGCUUCAAAUACGACCUGUGCCUCAGGCAACUGGUGCCUUGAUGAAUCAUGUGUGCCUUUUCAACUUGGUACCAACGUCCAGUCUUGUAAGAGCAGUAGUGAAUGCUCCCUUGGCGCAUCAUGCCAGGGCGGUUACUGUCGUCAAGCCUUCAUCUCGGCCGACACUUAUGGCUGCGGUCUUGGAGCCAGCCCAAAAGACUGUACCGACGGUCAACUAUGUGUCUCUGGGCAAUGUAUUUCGCUCAACAUUACUUCGAGCACUUCUUCCAGUUGUGGCUCAAAUGGAAGGUGCCAACCAGGAUCUUACUGCUCGAACAAAGAGUGUGCACCUAUCAAGAUCUCAACCGACUUGUCGCAGUGCGGAAGCAGCUCAGAAACCUGCGGAAGCAACCAAGUGUGCGUCUCGGGCCAGUGUGUCAGCAACCUGGUCCACCAGUCCAACACUCCUCGGGUCGCCUGUGGUACUGGAUCUGGAGGUCCCGGAGCACGUAUUCCUGGUGCAGAUGAGGAUGGAGACACACAGUCGAACACUGGAGGCACUUCCUCUGGAGGAAGCGGAAGCCCUGCCGACAGUGAGUCGAGUGGCAACGGCUCGGGAGACAAUGCCGACGGGCAAGAGGGGGGAUCUUCUGAUGGAAGUGGCCAAGGCAAUAAUGCAUCCGGCAAUGGAAGUGCACAAUCGCCUGAUGGUUCCGAUGGUGGAGACGCCUCUGGCGAUGGAGGCUCGUCGGAAGGGAAUGGUGCAACCUCAGCUCGACCAGAGGGAACCUCGGGCGAUGCUGGGCGAGGAGGUGACUCGACUUCUGGAGGUGAAGAUAACACAGACGUCUCUUCCGGAAGUGCUUCUCCAUCUGAUUCAGAGUCUGGCCCAGGAAACGGAGAUGGACAAGAUGAUCAAGGUGGAUCUGAUCAAAAUGGUGCUGACGGAGCAUCGUCAGGCCAGGAUGAAGGAAAUACUGGCUCUGGGUCACCAGCUUCAACUUGCGAUCCAGCCUGUACUGGCAAUACCGUCUGUAUCAACAACCAAUGCGCUUCAGUUCAGGACCCGUCAUCUUGCGGUACCUCAUCCAAUCGUCUCCGGCGUCUUUUACAGAGACAAGCGACAUCGACAUGCCAGCCAGGAUUUGCCUGUAUUAACAACGAGUGCGUACCGGCUAAUGGACCCGUCAACUGCGGUACAUCAGGCGUUAAUUGCCCCAUCAACUAUGCUUGUAUCCAAGAUUCCUGCGUGGCUCUUGGUGACCCUACCUCUUGUGGCGGCGAGACUUGCAGUAGCGAUGAGGUCUGUAUUGGCAACAUCUGCACACCAAGUCCAGGUCUAGCUAGCUGCAAUUCCGUUGCUUGCCCUACUGGUGAGACUUGUCAAGAGGGUGCUUGCGUUCCCAUCGACGGCACAGGCUCCGGCUCAAGCGGAGGUGCAGGAACCCAGGGUGGCGGUUCAAGUAAUGGAGGCGAUGAUGGUACUUCCACUUCAAGUGGUGGCAGCGGGGGCGGCGACAAUGCAGACGGGGAAGGCCAGGGCAACGGAGGUUCCUCUGAUGGCGGCGCUUCUGGCGAUGACACUUCUGAUGAUGGGUCACAGACUGGCAGUACACAAGGACAAGGCUCUGGUGGUGAUGGUUUUGGGGAUUCUGGGUCUGGAUCUGGGUCUGGUAGUGGUUCUGGAUCUGGAGAUGGCUCUGGUUCCAACUCAGGUUCCGGCGGUGGCUCUUCUGACGGUGGAAGCUCAGGACCUGGGACGAGUCCAGGGAACGGAAAUGGCUCAGGCAACGGAUCAAAUACAGGGUCUGAUUCACCCUCCGGCGAUGGUUCAGGUUCAGGAUCAAAUGGUGGAGAUGGUGACGGCAAUGGCUCUGGAUCUGCGCCUGGCUCCAGCUCAUCACCAGGAAAUGGUUCACCAACAACACGUCAACCAGCUCUUACGGCCAGACCACAGGGUAAUGUUCCUGGUGGUGGUGAUCCUGAUACUGACAACACCUCUGGUGUUGAUAAUACAGGGUCAAAUGGCCGACAGACCUCAAGUUCACAAGCUGGAACCCGUCCAAGCCAAACUGGUAGCCGAGGAAAUGGCUCUGGAAGCAACAAUGAGCCCAGCAGUCGGUUGCAAUCAACGUCCUCUCCGAAUCAGACUGGGGGUACAGAGGGAGGCGGCGACGGCGACGCUGACUCGAGCGACCCUGUGUCCAAUGGAGGCUCGGAAGCAACGUCGGGAGCGUCUGUAUCCGGCGGCUCUGCGCCUUCAGGAGUAGGUAGUUCAGGAGCUACAGGCUCAACAGACCAGACAUUGCCAACUUCUGUUCUAUCUGAUGGGGCGCCAAUUGUCAAUCCCGGCCCAGAGUCAACGGGAGCGACUGGGAGAUUGGUGACAUCUACUUCGAGGCAGAUUGGAAGCCCUGAAGGAAAUCCUACAGGUGGCGGAGAUGGCGACCCAUCGCCAACAGAUAGUAAUGGUGGUGGUAACACGAGCACUCAACGCUCAGAAGGGUCCUGCAGCUUCUCAACGAACAACGGCGGAGCGUCGGCAACAGGUGGUAAUGGAGGCGGCACUGGCACUGGCACUGGCACCGCAAACCAAGGCUCAGGCACUUCAAAUACUGCUGUCAGCCAACCAAUCUCUCCAAAUACAACUGGAUCUGGAACAGGUGGUGGACAAUCUUCCAACACUGAUGGUGGCCCUAACGCUGGAGGUCAGACAAGUGCAAGUGGCAGUCAACCUUCAGCGACCACUUCCCAGGGAACCAACCAGAGCGGAGGGACUGGAACGACUGGUUCUUCCAAUGGUCAGUCAACUGGUGGCCAGUCUUCAUCUGUAACAACUACAGGCCAAGGCUCGUCAUCCACUGACGGACCUCCAACAUCCUGCUCGGAUGACAAUGACUGUGCCGUGGACACCGAGCUCUGUGUCUCCGGAGGACUCAACAUCUGCGCUUGUGUGAAUGCAGUGUGUGUUCCAAACACAGACCCAGACGAUACUUCCACUGCAGGAGGUGCUAUUUCUACUGCGGCAUCUGGAACCCAGGGCACUGAUCCAUCAACGCCGACCGAGAGUGGUGGAGGUACACCAUGUACUGAUGACGAUGAUUGCUUGGCUGAUGUAUCGUUGUGCUUGAGCGGCGUACUCAACCUUUGCACUUGUGUUAACGCAGUCUGUGUUAGAGACACGACAACGAGUGGCUCUCCAGCUUCAAGCACGACUUCUGGCAACAACCCAGGGUCUGGUGCCGGCGAAUCAGGAACCACAACAGCUGGUCAGUCGGCUACACAGACAGGAUCGGCAUGUUCUAGCAGCGACGACUGUGUGGCAGACGUAGCAUUAUGCCUUGUCGGUGGGCUCAACUUGUGUGUCUGUGUAGACGCUGUAUGCCAACUUGGACCUGACUCGAAUAGUGGUGGAGGCGUUGAUGGUGACCCAACCACGACAGCUGGAGCACCAGCAGCACAAACGUCAGUAUCGUGCGCAAACGCUGAAGAUUGUACUGCUGCCCUAGGAUUGUCUGUCUUGGGAAUCUACGUCUGUGUGGACCUCAUUUGCCAGCUUCAGCCAACUGCCAAUCCUACGAAUGGAGGUACCACAGCUUCGCAAACAGGCUCCAUCGCGGUGCCCACCAUCACAGCACCUAUCGAUUGUUCAACAGAUCAAGACUGUGUGGCGGCCUUGGGAGCUAACGCGUUGGGAAUAUUCGCUUGCAUAGAUCUCUUGUGUGAGCAGACGGCCACAGCUUCUGGAGCUGGUGCGGCUGCUACCCAGCCUGCCGCAUCUGUGCAAGGAACUGACGUCGAGUGCUCAACGGACCAAGACUGUGUGGCUGCCAUUGGAGCUGGGGCUCUUGGUAUCUUUGCAUGUGUCAAUCUUCUUUGCCAACAGACAGCAACAGCUAGCGUUGCAGCGACAACCACUAACACUGGGGUCUCUGCUUCGGGGUCUGCAACUGACGUUGAGUGUGAUACUGAUCAAGACUGUGUUGUCGCUCUCGGAGCCCAGGCGCUGGGGCUUUUUGUCUGCGUCAACGCUCUAUGCCAGGAGACUACCUCAACUACAGGAGCUGGAGCUUCGACAACUCAGCCGCCGUCUCCGGGCGCCACCGAUAUCGGGUGCUCGACAAACCAGGACUGUGUCGCAGCAAUUGGCGCAAAUGCUUUGGGGAUCUUUGCCUGUAUAGAUCUGAUUUGUCAACGGACUGCAAACCCGAGCAGCGGCUUUGUCACUGUCACAUCGGACAAUACACCAGCCCCAACUAGCUCGGAAACGCCAUGUUCUGACGAUAGCGACUGUACGAUCGCAGGCCAGACAUGCGCCGCAGAUGGCUUUUGCAGGGCAUCAUCCCCUGGUACUGGAAACGGAGGCACCUCAUCUUGUUCCGACAGUAUUGAUUGUCUCUUGUCUCUGCAACCUCUUUGCGCCCUUGGCCUCUGUGUUUGUGUGAAUGCGGUGUGCAGUCCACCGUCAGACGUCGACGCAUGCACGACAAACGCGCAGUGUAGCGCAGGACAAACUUGCCAACAAGAAGUCUGCGUUGAUGAUGUUUCUUGUUCUACUGAAGAUGACUGCAUGGCAAACCUCAACUUGUGGCAACCAUGA